AUGGACAACAAAUCCGUCGAAUCCGCCGGUGAUUACGCCCAAACGGCCAUCAACGAGGCCAGAGAAAAGGCAGCCGAGGCAAUUGCCGUCGCUCAAGAAGCUCUCGAAUCGGCGAAGGAAAAGGCUUCUGAUGCUGGAGACGCUGCUCAAGACGCUUUGGAAUCUGCUAAGGAUAAAACUGAAGAUUUGUGGGAUUCCGCGAAAGAUAAGGCCGCCGAAGUUGGAGAUUCGUUGAAGGAGUCGAAGGACAGUGCUGAGCACUCCGCCACCGAUCUCUACGAGUCUGCCAAGGACAAGGCUGAAGAAACCUUCGACGCCGCCAAGGAGAAGGCGUCAGACGCUUCAGAAGCCGUCCACGAGCACGCUGAGCACGCCAAGGGACAAGCUGAAGAUGUCGUCGAGGCUGCCAAGGAUAAGGCUGAAGAUGUGAAGAAAUCCGCCGAAGAGAAGGCUGAAGACGUCAAGAAUUCUGCUGAGGAGACUUUCGAAAAGCUUCAUCACUCGGGCACCACCGCUGUUGUAGACGUGAAGGAGGCCGCUUCAGAUGCCAAGGAAUCCGUUGAAGAGCACGGAAAGGAAGCCACUGACAGCACCAGAUCGUUGGCUUCGGAGGCUGGAGACGCUAUUCUGAAUGCGUUCGAAUCGGCGAAGGAUUCUGCUGCGAGCGCGUGGGAAACCACGAAGGAAGCUGUCACAGAGGCUUAUGAGGAAGCUGAGAAACACGCUGACGAUGGAGCUUUCGCUAUCAAGGAGGAGACUAAGGAGGUCAAGGAUGAUGUCGCCGACGUCAUCGAUGCUGCAAGUGAUAAGGUUUCAGAUGUUGUUGAAGACGUCAAGGAGACCGCUUCUGAAGCAUUCGAAUCGGUGAAACAUCAUGGAGAGGAGGCUUCUGAUUCCGCUAAGGAAGUCGUCGAUGAGGCCAAGGUUAAGGGAUCCGACGCUUGGGAUGCCGCUGAUGCCAAGGCUGAAGAGGCUAAGGAGAAGGCUUCGGAUCUGUUGGAAUCUGCGAAGGAACAAGAGAAAGAAGCUGUCGAAACUGUCAAGGAGUACUUCGAGGAGGCCAAGGAGAAGGCUGCUGAAGUGUGGGAUGCCACCAAAGAAAAGACUUCGGAACUCUUGGAUUCUGCUGAGAAGGAGACCGAGGAAGCCAAGGAGGAAGCCAAGGGUUACUUCGAGCAGGCUAAGGAGAAGGCUUCGGAUCUUGUGGAUUCUGCGAAACAACAAGGAGAAGCUGUCACUGAGAUCGCCAAGGGAUACUACGAUCAGGCGGCUGAGAAGGCUUCGGAGACUUGGGAAUCUGCUAAGAAGUUGACUGAAGACGCUUCGGAGCCAGCUUUGGAGAUUGCUGAGCAAGAGAAGGCUCAGGCUGAGGAGACCUUUGAGAAAGUUAACUACUCACUCAACACUGCUGUCAAUGAUGGUGAAGAGAAGGUUGAAGAGGUCAAGGAGCACGUUCAAGAGAAGGCUGAAGAGGUCAAGGAGGCGGCUCCAGAAUCGCCACGUCACUCGAUCGUCGACACUGCCAAAGAGUACGCUCAUGCUGCUGAGCAGAAGUUGGAGCGUGCCGCAUCGACAGCUUCUGACGCUGUUCAGUACGUCAAUGACUCUGCGGCGUCGGCUGUGAGCACUGUCGCCGACACUCUCUCGUCGGCUGUUCACACUGUUGAGGAGAAGCUUCACGAUGCAAAUGAGGCCGCUUCCGAGUAUAUUCAUGGAGCUAAGAAAAACGCUUCGGAAACCGCUCACGACACGAAGGAAGCCGUCAGUUCGAAGGCCGCCGAAGUCGAGAAUUCCUCCGACGUCUCCACGAAAUUUUUGAGCGAACGCGCCGCGGCGUUGCACGAGAAGAAGCGUGAGUUCUUCUAUUCGACACCCGAGAAGACGUCGCAAAUUCCGGUGAUUCCACUCGAGGAGGCGGAGCCAGAGCAGUUAGCUUUUGGUGGCUCGGUUGAAGAGGUUAUCGAACAGGUUGAGUUUGCUUCUCAACUGGCCACUCAACUAACGAGCGAAGCGGUUCGCGAAGUUUCCGGAAGAAUACUGGCGACGACGUCAACGAUGACGACGACUUCUGAAUCCAAUGAUGACACUGAUGACUUCUACACGUUCCCAUCGCCAUCGACUGCAAAGAAAUCGGCUAACGAGACUAUCAAGGAAGCUGCCGAGGAGGUGAAGAAGGCUGCUGAACACGUGGAGAAGAAGGCCGACGAGAACCUCAAAACGGGCACUCUUCCAUCACCAAAAUCUGGCGGAAACAACAAGACCGACACUCUUCGUUCGACUACUCGUUCUGAGGGAGCUCCACAAAAGAGACGGUGUGCAAUUCUCUAA